AUGAAGACGAGUAACCAGGCUGACCUUAAAGAUCAAGUUGAAGUUCUGAUAGAACCCGCUAAAGAUGUCACCAAUGCGAUUGUUAGCGAGAAAGAAGACGGUAAUCUUCAAGUGAAGUUUACUCCAAUAGUACCAGGCGCUUACAGCAUUGAAGUGAAGAUCAAUGGCGAUAAACUUCCGACCUGUCUUUUUAAUAUACAGGUGAAGGAACGCGAGCUUGUUGUAGUCAGUAAUUUGGACUUGAAAUUCUUUCAAGGAGACGAGCUCCAAGGCUUAUUUGGAAUUGCUAUUAACAUGGAAGGCAAUAUUGUUGUUACAGAUAACCAUGGACACUGUGUUUACGUUUUCGAUAAAGAAGGCAACUGUUUAAGGAAAAUUGGUGGCCUAGGCAAAAAUUCUGGACAAUUUAAGUACCCAGACGGCGUUUCUUUUUUGAACGACAACGAGAUUCUAAUUGCAGAUUACGAUAAUCAUAGAAUACAACACUCAAAUAUCAAGACAGGAAAUGUUGUGAAAACCUUUGGAAAACGUAGUGCAGGAAAACGAAAGUUUGAGAAUCCAAUUGAUGUUUGUUCGGAUGAUGAAGGACGCAUUGUUGUAGCCGAGUUCAGCAAUAAUAGAAUACAGGUGAUAUCCAAGGAGGGAAGAACUCAUUCCAUAUUUGGAGGCAGUGGUCCAGAGAAACUCAACCAUCCAGUUGGCUGCAUUCCUUUCAAAAACAUGAUUUUUGUUUCGGAUAGAGACAAUAACUGCGUUAAAGCUUUUGAUCAGUAA